AUGUCGCACACCACGAGGCAGCUAAAGAAGGCUGCGCGCAUCAUUCUCGUCGGUGCUCCGGGUGUAGGAAAGGGAACGCAGUCCGAGCGACUGCUCGCGCGCUUCCCCCAGUUGGCAUCCAUCAGCUCGGGUGAUCUUUUGCGAGAGAAUGUUCGUCGUAGGACACAGCUUGGCAAAGAAGCUGAGGCCGCAAUGCAGUCUGGCAAUCUGGUCCCAGACUCGAUGAUUCUCAGUCUCAUCUCCUCUGAACUGGCAUCUAAGGGCUGGCUCAAGCCGUCUUCGUCACUCAAUACUUCUUCUACUUCCGCCACAUCCACAUCCUCCUCGCAGCCCGCCGCUUCAUCUCCCCAGAUUCUCCCCACUGCCUCCUUCAUUCUUGAUGGAUUUCCCCGCACUGCUGCUCAAGCAACAAGCCUUGACACCUUGGUCCCCGUGAACUUCGUGGUGCAGCUCGUCACUCCACCCUCCGUGAUACUGGCACGCAUUGCCUCACGCUGGGUUCACGAGCCAUCAGGGCGGGUGUACAACACGGACUUCCACGCGCCCAAGGUCCCCGGCAAAGACGACGUCACGGGCGAGACAUUGACACAGAGAGAAGACGACUCAAUCGAAACAUGGCAGCAGCGGCUGCGAAAAUUCGAAGAGACCAGCAGAGCUCUUCUUGAGCAUUACGAGCGGCGCGGGUGUCUCUGGCGAGUCGAGGGUAAUUCGAGUGACGAGAUAACCCCCGAAGCUAUUCGCGGAAUUUGA